GGCUGUGGGAGGAGCAUGAUAGUAUCAUAUAAAUCAGGAUGUUGCAGACUGACUCUGAACUCUGCAUGGACACUUCAGCAGCAGCACAUCUACUCUGAACUCUAAAACCCAGACAUGGCAAGCAAACGGGCCAGAUAUGAGUCCACCGUAUAUAACAAUGAGGUGCUCAGGAUCGUGCUGGUGGGGAAGACUGGAGGUGGGAAGAGUGCAACUGGAAACACCAUCCUGGGAAGAAAACACUUUGAAUCAAAGUUCUGUCCCGAGUCUUUGACUGUUAAAUGUGCUAAGGCUAAAGGUGUGGUGGAUGGUCAAGAGGUUGCUGUUAUCGACACUCCAGGCUUGUUUGACACAAGAUGUAGCCAAAAGCAAACACUGAAAGAUGUGACCCAGUGCAUUUCUUUUGCUGCUCCUGGUCCUCAUGUCUUCCUGGUAGUGAUCAGGCUGGGCAGAUACACAGAGGAGGAGAAAAAGACGGUGCAGAAGAUUCAGGAAACUUUUGGUCAGGAUGCAAACAAAUACAGCAUGGUUCUCUUCACUCAUGGAGACCAGCUGGAUACUUCCAUUGAAGAAUUCCUGGAGAAAAGUGUAGACCUGCAAGACCUUGUGGACCAAUGUGACGGCCAGUAUCACGUCUUCAAUAAUAAGAAGCAGGAUGGCUCCCAGGUCACCAAGCUGCUGGAGAAAAUCAGACAAAUAACAGAGAAGAACGGAGGAAGCCAUUACACAAAUGAGAUGUUCCAAAAGGCUGAGAGGAAACUAGAGGAGGAGAAACAACAAAUCUUAAGAGAGAAGGAGGAACAAAUCCGCAAAGAGAGAGAGAAAAUUGAGAAGGAAGAAAGGAGGAAAUAUGAAGAACAAUUGAAGAAAAUAAAUGAGCAACUCCAAGCUGAGAGGGAGCACGAAAAGAAGGAGAGAGAGGAGGAGAGAAAGAGGGAGAGGGAAGAGAGAGAUAAGGAGAGGAAGAGGGAGAGGGAGAAGGAGAAGGAGAGAGAGGAGGAGAGGAAGAGGGAGAGGGAGAAGGAGAAGAAGGAGAGAGAGGAGGAGAGGAAGAGGGAG